AUGUGGCUGUAUUCAUUGUGUCAUCCUCUGGGCUUCAUUUUCACCGUGGGUGCCUUUAUCACUAUAAUAGGGAGUAACAGUGGAGCGCCAACGUCUCCAGCCUUAAUAAGAGACAGCAAAUCUUUGGUAGACUUCGCCAUGUUCAUCUCCUGUCUGUCCGACCACUGGUUCACGGACUUCCUGGACUAUGGCUGCUAUUGUGGAUUCGAUGGGGGCGGGACUCCCGUUGACGAUAUUGAUAGGUGCUGCAAGGCGCACGACGAGUGCUAUGCGUUGAUACAGGAAGAGUGCGGCAGCCUAAGCCCAUAUCUCCUGCCGUACUCUGCCACCUGUGGCAUGGGAUUUAAGCGCUCUUUGCCUGCUCAUUGUUAUCCACCAUCGUCUUAUUGGUUGGAAGGUAGAUGUCGCUACAACCUGUGUGAAUGCGACAGAAGAGCUGCAGAAUGCUUCACCACCGGCAAAUACAAUCUCACUUACUUCGCGUACGACCAACGACUUUGUUAAGAUAUUAAAAAGACAUUCAUCUCGAAACAAAUCUUGCUAAAUGUUGUCCUUAGUUUUACAUUUACAUUUUAUGACAAGGGGCAGACAGGAGUUACACCGUAGGCUGGAACUUUUCGCUUUGGCAUUGGCCAGUCGCUUUUUAACAGUUCCUUAAAUAUUGGGCUAGAAUUUGUAUUGGCAAAGUCGGCUGAUCUUGCCGAUCGAAAACAUCAUGCUUUCAAACCUUAAAUCCAAACCUAUCUUUUGAUUUUAAUUUUAAAUAAACUUAAAAAGGUAAACUUUCAUUUCAGUUUUGUCUGAACCUAGU